UCCACCACUCCAUCCAUUAAGGAGGAGUGGUGCCUCGACCCUACAACAACUUCAAGUACCAACCUCCACAGCCACCAUAAAUCAUAUAAAUGGUGCUGCAACACUUAAUGGUAUUAGUCGUGAUAGCUCACCGACAUUUGUACAAUUAAGUCAAGAUCAUUUAAUGAUGCAACAACAACCAAUAAAACCAAUUCAUAAUCAACAGAAGUCACAAACACAAAUUGAAACAAAUCAAAAUCAUUAUAGUCAACCAAUAAUGGCAUCUGUUAAUGGUAAUAAUAAUACAAUGAAUGGUAAUUUAAUUAAUAAAAUUAAUAAUAAUAUAACAACAACAUCAAUUACAACACAACAACAGCAACAAAAUGGUUGUUUACCAAAUGGUGGUACUGUUGAUCGUCAUCAACAAUUUCAUAGGGUCAAUAAUAAUUUUAAUAAUUCCUAUAAUCAAAAACAUCAUGCCCAUACUUUAGGCCAUAAAAAUGGUUAUAUAUUAAAUGAUCAUAUUGGUAAUGGUAACAAUAAUAUUGGUUUAAUAAAUGGUGUUAGCCAUCAUCAUUCCGAUGAUGAUAAUGGUAGUAUUAAUGCUAAUUAUAUACAUAAUAACAGUCAUUAUUCAUUACCAUUAGAUCAUGAUUUACCACCACCAACACCAACACCAACACCACCACCACCAGCAUUACCAAUGAGAAAUGGUGCAUUACCAAAUGGUAAUAGUACGACUGGCCGUAGAGCAAUUAAUCAAAGGCAUUACCAUUGAUUUGAAUUAGGUUAGGAAUUAAUUAAAGUAAAAUAAAAAAAAAAAUUGAAAAAAACAAAAAAAAAACUAUAAAAAAUAAUAUUAAAAAAAAUCAAUAUUUCCUUUAUCUCAGACAAAACAGCAAAGAAGAAAAUUUAAGGACUUACAGAAAAGGAAAAUGACGACGAUAAAAAAAAUCGAAAAAUUCAAAAGAACUACAUGAAAUCAUUUUUUAAAAAAAGAAUACAAAAAAAAAGGACAUACCAAUUUAGGAUGUUUUAUAUACGAAAUUUAUAACGGAUCAAAUGUAAAUGUACCCAGAACAAUUAAAACAGAAUUAAUAAUAAAAAACAAACUGCAAAAAUAAAUUUAUGUUUUUAUAUAAUUUAUUAUUUAAACAACACAAAUACUUAGAAAUUAAUAAAAAUUUACUGUUAGAAAUGGUGUUAUUUUCGAAAUUUCGAAAAUCCUUCU